CAUAAAUACAUUGCGAACAAUUGGCGGAAGCAAUUUAUACAACUCAAAUCAAUAAGUGCAGUUUAAAAGUAUGACUUCUGUUGGAUUGACCUGUUUUUUGUUGGCACUCUUAGCUGGGCUUUCGACGCAAGUGGCGUCAGCUAAUACAACAGCUCCAACACCGCCACCGAGAUGUAGGCCAGGACUUAUUGUGGAUUGUGCUCCACAAAUUGAGGAUUUGGUAUGGGCCAAAGAUGAAAAUAACGAAUGUAGAACGAUUUUAAAUCCGUGUUUUUACGCCCAAGCCAACUGCGACCGCUCUCGUCAGAGGCGUCCAUUGCUUCAGAGGAUAUCGCAGACAGAAUGUCAAUCAUUGUGUGUAAAUGAUUGCUCCGAUGCGCCGAGGGAAACAAUCUGUGCACAUCGUGGUGGAAGAUAUUGCACCUUCCCCAGCCAAUGCGAGUGGAGGAAGCAUCUGUGUAAUACCGGCGAAUUCUGGUAUCAAGAAGGCCCACUUCCUUGUGGACCAAAUCCUGUUCCGUGCUUCCCUUAAUGUUCUUGCUUUUUCACUCGACUGUAAAAUUUAACUUACGCAUGAAAAUAUAAGUGCAUACAUAUGUACAUACAUAUAU